CAGUUGAUUUCGACUUUUCGGCGUGUUCGCUUUUCAACGGACGCUUAAAUUCGCUUUUGGGGGCUUGUUCGCGGGGCUCCACUGGCGCUGAGUGGAUGAUUUUAUGCUGUAUGCGCAGCGCACUUGAUGGCAAUUGUUGUCAUUGUUUUAGUUGCUGUGUAGUUUGGAAUCGGAUGUUCGCUGUCUCCUUCGCACAGCGGUAAAAUGUGUGCGUGUAUGUUCCGUAGUGUUCCGUUUGCGUCGUUCAUUGAUUUCCUAAUUAAGUUUAUAAUUAAAAUUAAUUGAAAAAUUACUCACAUAUGUGCGCUGGCAUGUACAGACAUGUAAAUUGGCUGACCGCGUGUGAAAGCCUAUUAAAUAAGUUUUGUUAUGUACUUACAAGUUCCCCAUGUGAAAACAUACAUACAAUAUAAUAAAUUGCUUUGAAUUUGAAAACGAAAUUGUGCCAAAAACAUCAGCAGCGAAAGGGGUAAUUAGAAUAACAAUAAUGCAGAGACAGCUUUUUUAAAUUGAUGACUUCCUUGCGGUCACUGCUGUAUUUAUAAUUAACGUCUGCUGCGGCAAUUAUAUUUAUUCAAACAAACGACUAUAAAAAUUCCUUGAAUAAAAAAAUUCCACUGGAGGUUCUAAACUCUCCUGCUUGCCAGAGUUGCCAACCACUAGCAGCUGUGGCCUUGGAAAGAUCGCUACCUGUUCUUGUGUUUUACGAUCCCAAUGUCGUAAAUGUGAAACUGUAAAAACGGCAAUAAAACUUUAUGCACAUUCCAGGUGGUCCUGCCGAACGCCCAACGAUGUGGCAACCCUAGACAAAUGAACUGUUUUACCUGCCCAAAACGCGCAACAAAAAAUAUAAAUACAAGAACAGGAGAGAGUGGGCAACACAACGGAUAAUUUAGUGGAAUUUUCAAAAAUAGCAAAGCCAGCAACAACGGCGGCAGCCAUAAUCCCCCAGCGAGAGCACAAUAAUCAAAGAUUAAAUCAGGUUUAUAUGGAAAGGGUUAGCAUGGCGCAGGAAGAAAUACACGUUUCCUAGCGCAGCAACAACUGCAACAACAACUACACACCUACAACUGAUUACACUCGCACCCGAAGAGGAAAACGAGAGAGCGCGAGAGAGCACUGUGUUUAUGCGAUGAAUUUCGUGAUUUUCUUAAAAACGUUGAGUUUAAUAAGCGACUCGGUGACGAUUAUGAUUAUAAUAUAAACGAUAUUAAUUUUUUAAUAAACGAUCUUAUAUAAAUUUAUAAAUGACCUAUAUAAUUCAUCAAUAUAAUAUAUAAUAAUAUAAUUCAUAAAUGACAUUUAUGCAUUAAUUAUGAAUUGAGUGAACAUGAUUUCCCAUAAACGCAGUGUUCCUAAAAUUAAGCCCACAGGUCUUCGUGGAUUGAGUGCAUGAAAAGGACCUCCCAUAAACACAGUAACGGAGAGAGAGGAAAAAGAAAACGUCGGCGCCGGCAGAGGCAGCGGGAGAGUAGAGCAUAAACGCAACGCUUUCAUGUUUUUCGCUCAUUUUGCUUUCGUGUGUGUUGCGGCAAUGUCGUGUUUUCUUGCGGCGGUGAAAACACUCUGCAACAACAGUAACAACACCAACAACGAUAAGAUUUUCCGUUUUUCCGUAUGGAAGCAGAGAAGCACUAGCGGCAUUUGUUUUGAAAGUAAAGCAAAGACGAGCGAGAAAAACGAAAUAUAAAAUAGAGGAAGACGGAAAAGUAACGCCGCUGUCGACCGCGCCUCGCCGUAUGUGUGUGUGUCUGUUUCUGUGUCUGUGAGCCUACAGCCUGUCUGUGUGUAAGUGGGCGCGAACGUAAGGCCGAAAAGGAAGUGAAAAUAGUGCAAAAAGGCCAAGUAAUAAUAAUAAUAAUAAAAUAGGCAAAAAGACAGGCCCCAAAGAGACCAGACCAGUUUCAAAAAGCGCCUAUAUCCAGGCUCUUCUGUGAAUGUGUAUGUGAAAGCGGCAACAACAACAACAACAACUAGAAGCGACCACAUACGGUGGAAAAGGCCUUUUUCAAGGAGCGAAAGGCAGUGCGCGAGCGAGCAAUAAGAAUAAUAAAUUACACUUUGCUAUAAUAAGAAAAAUUUAUACAUACAUACAUACACACGCGGGAGAGGCCCACACACACAUGUGUUUUCCCUCGCUGUGAGUGUGGAAAAUUGUAAUAAAAUAUGAACCGCAGCAGAAGCAGCGGAAAAACGAGAAAAACGAGAGAAAAUUUCGAAAUAUCGCAUGUGCCAUUUUAAGCUUUAAAUAAACUAUAACGUACAGUAUUACCCUAAAAAAAAAACAAUUCAACAAAAUGUCCUGCAUAUCGAGCAACUUUAGCUCCUUCUUCCUCAACUCGCUCAACGAUCCUUCAGAGUUUUCCAAAUACUUGAGCAAUGGCGAGCUCAAAUGCACUAAUUUCGAGGAAUUUCAAGUGUUCGGCUGCGGCGCAGGCGCGCCGACGCAGCAGCAGCAAUUGCAGCAGCAGCAAUUGCAGCAGCAGCAACAACAUCAGCAGCAGUAUUCCCACACACAUUUACCCAAUGGCAGCGCAGCAGCAGCAGCGGAUUUUCCCAAUUACGAUGCAACGGCGUCGUCGCAGCGGGAAAACUCCUCCGCUGUCAACUCAGGUAGCUCUGUUAAUCCCGCACACUAUGCCACUGCCGCUGCCUCUGCCUCUGCCUCGGUCAGCGUCGAAGCCAGCGUAGCAGCAGCAACAGCACCGGCCUUAAAUCCCGGCGCAGGAGCAGCAGGAUCAACGCCCCUAACCGCCACCCCCCCGAGCAAUCGUUGGCCCACAGCGGUGGCCACGCCCAAUGGCCAUCAAUCCACCGCCUCGUCAGCGGGUUUGGUGCCCCAGCAUUUCGAUGGGUCCUUUGAGUUUAUCAAGUAUCUCCGCCACUCGACGGAUUUCACACCCAGCACACCUAGCAGCGCCACUAGCGAAACUAGCUCCUGUCCUGAAAAGCCCGGCAGUGGAAAACCACAGGGAAUCCCAGCAGGCACCACACCUCCACCGCCUGCCCAAUCCCCAGUGGCCAGUGGUCUGAUUGAUUUGGACACCAGCACCUCGCAGAAAUCGCGCUCUGCCUCCCGCAAAGUGGCCGCUUUAUUGUCUUCCGUUUCGCGGGCUUCCAAUAGUCUGGUGGACACCAGCUCCUCCGCUCUAGAUGUCUUUGAUCACGACUCGAAGCAGACGAUAUUUGAUCUGCAACAAAUGGCCUCCAAUGGAUCCUCAAAUUCAAAUGAAUCCUCGCUGGAGAUGCUGGCGUUUCCCAACUCGCACCUCAAUGCCUCCAAUUCGAACACCUCAUCCGAAGGAGCAGCCUGCGGCAGUGCGGGGGAGUUUGGUGGACUGUUAACCGGAGCCAGCUGCUCCUCCUCGACGGCUUCCUCAUCCUCGCAUGCCCCAAAGCUCCUCGGAAGCUUUGUGAUCAAGGAGAAUUUCGAGGUGCAUCCGUCGCAUAAAGUGGAGGAGGGUAUAUUCCAGCACAUGAACAAGCUGCCCUCGAAGAAAAAGGAUACGCUGAAGCAACUGGGAGUCCGGUUCACUGGCCAGAUGACGCUAACGGACAAAUCGAUUGUGGUGGAGAACUUCAUCAAGUUCUGCGAGGAAUACGAUAUCAAGGACCACAGACCGUGGCUGUCGCUUAACCAAUGUGGUCUAAAUAAACCCGAGCAGAUCAAAUUCGCUCGAUAUUUGGGCCAGGGACUGCCGACGUUCACGCUCUUCUGCAUUUAUAGCAAUUUUAAGAAUCUGUUCUGCACCAAACGCACGGAAAUCUACACGAAGGACGGCUACAAUCUGCCUUACAUACUCGACAAAACCAAGCGCUUCCUGGCCAACACAACAGCUGACCUCAAAAACAUGGCGGCGGCCAAUGAUGGCUCCCUGGAGUUCGCCAGCAGCAGCAGCGGCGGUAGCGGCGGCAGCAGCAGCAGCAGCAACACUAGCAACAGCAACGCCAAUAUCGGCAGCAACAGCAACAGUAGCAGCAACAGUGGCAGCAGCAACGCGGUGGCAGGAUCAAUGGUCAAUCCAAAUCCGGUGGCCAUGCCAGCGGGUUAUGUGUCGGCUACGACGGCGCAGCAGCAACACCAGAUGGCCAUGGAUCCGCGCUAUGGAUGUGGAGCUCCGUCGGCACUUCUGCCGCCACCGCCGAUUCCGGCCUUGGGUCCGCCACCCAGAUCCCUGGAGCAACUCAUCAUCUACGAGAACUUCGACGUGCACGAGACGCACCGGAUCGAGGACGGGGUUUGCACUCACAUUAGCCGCCUGCCGCCCAAGAAGCAGGAGCUAUUGAAACAGUUCGGUAUACAGAGUAGUAGCCAGCAAUGUCUGAGCAAUUAUGAAAAGUACAUACUCAUCGAAAACUUCAUCAAGUUUUGCAAUGAAUAUCAGAUAUCCGAUCAUCGACCCUUUUUGGACUUCCACGAGAGCGCUUUAUCCAAAUGUGAACAACUUAAAUUUGUACGAUAUCUGGGCCAGGGGCUAUCCAAUCUGACGCUAAACAAAAUCUAUGUGGCCUUCAAGGAGCUGCUGGGAAAUGGGAGGCCCGAAAAAGCUAGCAUGGAGGGCUAUAAUCUAGACACUUUGUUGAAGAAGAAGCGGAAAAAUCUAUAUAACCGUAUGCAUGCCGCUGCCCCCAGCAUUGAUUUAACUUCCUAUGAGUCGACCCAGCAUAAUUCCCAAGCACACCUGGCCACGCCACGCCCCCAUCACGCCUUCGCCGCCCUAAACUCGGCGACGCAGCGUAGCGAAGUAUGCAACGAAUUGACGCACACGGGCCUGCAAUACAGUUACGCCGGACCCCGGUAAAAACUGGCUUUACCAUUAGCCCCAUCUAAAAUCUGCAAUCCUGGAAACAGAUCAGCCGAGAACCCUUAUAUACAUACAUAUACAUAUACUUCUUCCUGGAACUGGACCAGUAACUGUUGUGUCUUCGAAACAUAAAAAGAAAGUAAUUUAAUCGCCGCGAGCGAAAUCAUUGAAAACUAAGUGCUAAAUUCAAAAGGGGGACAAUCCGAGGUUCCCAGAUGAAAAAUACCAGACACUAGUAAAAUUAGCCUAAAUGUUAACAAAAUUUAACUUAAAUCGAAUGAAAUUCAAUUAAGCCAACCAGAAAUCAACACGCAACAGGCAGGAGAAAUAUUAGUUUAAGCCAAAAACAGAUAUUUAUACGCAAAAGGUAACCCCAUAUACAACAUACAUAUACAUAUUACGAAUAUAUAUACACAUAAAUAUAUUUCUGUAGUUGCCAUAGCGCUUAGGGUGCAGCACACUUCCACAUGGCCAAAUCCUGGCCAGGACUAUACAAACAUAUUAGCUUCGGUUUCCUUCCAGUCAUUAUCCCGAAAGCCCCCAAAAAGCCGCAUUAGUAGUAGCCUUUAGUUCAUAAGCGACAACACCAAAAUUGAGAAAUCUAAAUCAAAGACCUCCCAAUGAAAGUUCCCUAAAUACGCAUACUAAGUAACUUGUAGAGCCUAGUUGUUAAGACGAGAGACAAAUUUUUAGCAUAGAACUGGCGAGCGGCACACGACGAUUAACAAACUAAAUAUUCCUAUAUACAAUAUACAUAUUAUAUACAACAAGCAGCAUCAAAUUCAAAGUGAAUAUACGCAAAAAUCAAAUGCAAAGAGGCAGAAAUACAACCAAAAAACAUAGCAAUUGUAAAUGAUAUAUACCAAAUAUAUUCUAUACGAGCAAAGGCAAAAAACAA